AUGGCCUCGAGCCUGUCAAGCCUGGGCAAGCGCCCAGCGAGCGCGCUCUCAGACUACACAGACGACAGCUACGCCCGUGCCUCGCCACGUCCCCAACAUGGAUGGGGAAACCGCAGUCUCAUGCCGCCGCCGCCCCUUCCUCCGGCACGGUCGCGCGUGUCCAUGUCCCCGUCGAUCACGUCGCGCGAGUCGUCGCUCGCGCCGACGCUCCAGGGAGAGGGGGAGUACCUCGGCGGCCCUGUCCCCGGCGGCCAUGCCGAGGAAGAGCAGGAGGAAGAGAAGAUGAAUCAGUACCUCGCCCUGCAUGCGCCCGGACCAGGCAACCUCUCGGCGGCCUACUACGACCCCGAGACCAACAAGCUCCUCGUGCUCGAGGACACGAAGGACACGUAUCGAUGGGACACUGCGGCCUUGUUGAUGGAGCAGUUCGAGCCGGCAGUCAUCCUCCUCAGCGGCAAGGCGCCCGAUGCGUUGGUCGAGGUGGCGGCAGAGUACUGCCAGGAGAACCCCAACACCACAUACGACCUCCUCACGCCGUCAAAGUUCAGCCACGACAUGGGGCUGUACCACCUCGGCUCGGUGCGACUUCCGCGCAACGCGCGUGCCGUGUCCGAGAGCGCGUACACUUGGUCCGACUCUGGGCGUGGCGGCCCGGCGCCGAGCACGUCCGACGCCAGCGAGCAGGAACACGAACAGGGAUACGUCGACCAGCGCGACGCGGGCAUGGGACGUAUCCGCCUCUCACUGCUCAAGCUCGGCUGCCACGUCAAUGUUGACGCACCUGGGGCCGUGUGCGCUGCUGGUGCGUUGUUGGAGGAGCUGGCGAAGGUGCGCGGCGCGGACCCGAGCGGGAUCACGCCUUUCGAGCUCACUGCUGUCGAGAGCAUGAACCUCGAGGACCACAUGCUCAUCAACCAGGAUGCCUUGACAUCCCUCGCCAUCCUCAGUAUCGACGCUGGCGCCAAGGCGUCCAAGCAGCAGCAAUCGACGACAUUGUCUCUCAAUGGCGUCAUCAACACGACGGUCACGCCGCUCGGCAAGAAACUCUUCCACACCUGGCUCCUCCGCCCCCUGAUCAACAUCGAGCAAAUCAACCGCCGCCUCGACGCCGUCGAGGUGCUCUCAUCCAAGGAGUGCACCAAGCCCCGCGCGGACAUUAUCAAGGAGCUCAGGCGGAUCAAGGACCUCAACUGGGUCUGCAGGCGCAUCAAAAGUGGCAAGGCCGGCUGGAAGGACUGGCAGAGUCUCGUCGAGGGACUCACCGCCGCCAAGGAUAUCAUCCAACAGCUCACCGUGCUCGGCUUUCAGGCCUUCCACGAGUCCCUUGAAAUCACAAGGAAGUCCAAAGCGGCCCUCGCCAUUCGCAAACGUGUCCCGCAGGGCCUGUGCGAGGACUUCAAUGUCAUCUACCUGCCUCAGCUUGGCUGCCUCGUGGCCGCGCACGGCAUGUUGAACCCGAGGCUGAUCCCAGUAGACUGGGAGGAAUCAUUCACCACCAACAACAUUUGGUACUUCAAGACCCCAGACACAGAUGAGCUUAACGCAGAGUUUGGCGACAUUGAGAACAAUAUCAGUGAUCGCGAGAUCGAAUGGGUUCAAGCGUUGGCUGAGCGCCUUCCGGACCUCGAGUUUGACAUUCUCGGAACCGCUGAUGUCCUGGCCGAGCUGGACUGCCUGCUCUGCCUGGCCGGCGCUGUGGACAAGUUUGACCUGACGCGCCCCGUCAUGAAGGAGGAGCCGGUGCUCAAGAUCCGCAAGGGCUUCCACCUGCUACACAUGAUGUGUGUCCCGGAUGGGCCGUACAUCCACAACGACACCAUGAUCAAGGGUGGCAGUGAAACGGGCGACGUCAGUAGCAUGAUGGUCGUCACUGGAGCCAAUGGUUCCGGCAAGUCGGCGUACGGCAAACAGGUCGCCUUGAUCACCUACAUGGCCCACAUUGGCUCCUUCGUCCCCGCGGCGGCGGCCGAGAUUGGUAUCUGCGACAAGAUCUUCACUCGAGUCCAGACGCGCGAGUCGGCGUCGAGGACCGGCUCGGCCUUCAUGAUCGACCUGAGCCAGGUUUCACAAGCACUGCGUGGCUGCACGUCAAGGUCUCUCCUGAUCCUCGACGAGUUUGGCAAAGGGACCAUCUCGACUGACGGUGCUGGUUUGCUCGCCGGCGGGAUCGAGUACCUCAUCCAAGGCCCGCGCCCUCGAACGGUCGUCUUGACCCAUUACCACGAGCUCUUCACCCAGCAGUUCCUGGACGACUCACUGCCCAUCAUCUACUGUCAUAUGAAGAGCAUCAUGGCAGAGGGAGCCACCACCCUGACCUACCUGUACAACCAUCUCGUGUCAAACUUCGAGAUCACCAAGCUCAUCGACACCGAGCUGACGGCCGAGGACAUUGCUGAGAUCCAAGCUGCCGAAUCCCUGGCGGCCAAGUUCAUCGCCUGGGACCUGGACGCAGAGGAUGGCGACGUGCUCGACACCCUCGCUGACAUGUUGGGCGGGGACGAGGCACAGGAAGAGGACGCCGUCGCGACGACUGUUGAGACGGACAACGCGGCAGAGCGUGUGGCGAUCAGCACUGGGGCGAGCACUGCGGGAGAUGGGCGUUCGAUGAGUGUGAGGCCGACGAGCACCAGGCCGCCAAGUACGCGCCCCAUGAGCGUGACGUUUGCCUGA